AUGCAUCUUAAGAAGCUGCUGACCUCGGCUGCAGCCCUCAGUGGCUCCGUCUUUGCCCAGAGCAAGGAUGGCGUGGAGGAUCUCGAUGGCCCCGGCGAUGACCUAUACGUGAAGGAUCUUUCUGGAUGCCCGGGAUACAAGGCCACCAAGCACUGGCAGACUCGGUCUGGCUUUUAUGCGGACCUGACUCUCGCAGGUCCGGCAUGCAACGUCUUCGGCACUGAUCUCCCGGACUUGAAGCUCGAAGUCGAGUAUCAGACCAGCGAUCGACUCCACGUCAAGAUCUUGGACACCAACAACACUGUCUACCAGGUUCCAGACAGUGUCUUCCCGCGUCCGGGAUUUGGCGAAUGGUGCUCCCCGAAGGACAGCAAGCUCAAGUUUGACUUCCAGGCCGACCCCUUCUCGUUCACGGUGUCUCGAACUGAUACCGGUGAAGUGCUCUUCGACACCACCGGCAACAAGCUGGUGUUCGAGAGCCAAUAUGUCUACCUGAAGACACACCUUCCGCAGAACCCGCAUCUGUACGGUCUGGGUGAGCACAGUGAUGCAUUCAUGCUCAACACGACCAACUACACCCGGACCAUCUACACCCGUGAUGCUUACGGAACACCGCAAGGCGAGAACCUGUACGGUGCUCAUCCGAUCUACUUUGACCACAGGCAGACCGGGACUCACGGAGUGUUCCUGCUCAACUCUAACGGAAUGGAUAUCUUCAUCGACAACAACUCCACCCAGUUCCUUGAGUACAACAUCAUUGGCGGUGUUCUCGAUUUCUACUUUAUUGCCGGACCUACCCCACGUGACGUGGCCAUCCAGUACGCUGAAAUCACUCAGACCCCGUUGAUGACUCCUUAUUGGGGACUUGGUUACCACCAAUGCAAGUACGGCUACCAAGACGUCUACGAGGUUGCCGCUGUCGUCGCCAACUACUCCACCAACAACAUUCCUCUCGAGACGAUCUGGACUGAUAUCGACUACAUGGACCGUCGUCGCAUCUUCACCAUUGACCCAGAACGGUUCCCGGCCGAUCUGUACAAAGACCUUGUGGACACCAUCCAUGCGAGGGACCAGCAUUACAUCGUCAUGGUCGAUCCCGCCGUGUAUUACAAGGAGUCUAACCCGGCGCUUGAUGAAGGUCUCAAAUAUGACAUUUUCAUGAAGGAGAACAAUGGCUCUGAAUAUCAGGGUGUCGUCUGGGCUGGCCCGAGUCACUUCCCGGAUUGGUUCCACCCUGACUCUCAGCAGUACUGGAGUGAGCAGUUCCUGGCCUUCUUCGACGGAACCAAUGGCCCAGACAUUGAUGCUCUAUGGAUCGACAUGAACGAGCCCGCAAACUUCUACAACCACCCAUACCCUGGCAACAACACCACCCCCGAGAACUUCGCCGAGGUGGAUGGUGACCCUCCCGCGGCGCCAGCAGUCAGAGACGGCCCCGAUGCUCCUAUCCCUGGAUUCCCGGCCAGCCUUCAACCAAACUGGGUUCAGGGCAACGCGACUGAAAAGCGCUCAACUGCUGCUGUUGUCAAACGUCAACGCUCGCAGUCCCGCCGCAACCUCGGCGCCGGUCACUGGAAGUCCCCCAAGGGCAAGUUCGACGCGCGUGCUGGCUGGCAACACGGCAAACAGACCGGUUCUGGUUGUGGCCCCAACGAGUGCAAGGGUCUUCCCAACCGUCAUCUCAUCAGGCCGCCGUACAUGAUCCAGAACGGCGCCGGUCCCACGCUUGCCGACAGCACUGCCGACACGGAUCUGGUGCAGAGUGGUGGAUACGUCCAGUAUGAUACCCACAACCUUUACGGCGCUAUGAUGUCCUCGCAUUCCCAUAAUGCUAUGCGCGCCAGGCGUCCGGAUGAUCGGGCUUUGGUGAUUACCAGGAGCACGUUUGCUGGGUCCGGAAAGGAUGUGUCCCACUGGCUUGGAGACAAUGUAUCCGGGUGGCUUUGGUACCAGCUCUCAAUCAGCCAAAUCCUGCAGUUCGCGUCCUUGUACCAGAUCCCCGUUGUGGGUCCCGACGUUUGUGGCUUCGGUGGUAAUGUCACGGAGACACUCUGUGCCAGAUGGGCAACCCUUGGCUCCUUCUACACAUUCUUCCGCAACCACGCCGAGAUCUACGCGAACUCGCAAGAAUUCUACCGCUGGCCCACAGUAGCUCAAGCCGCUCGCAACGGAAUCUCCAUCAGAUACCAGCUCCUGGACUACAUCUACACAGCCAUCUACAAACAGAACCAAACCGGUACACCUGCCCUAAACCCCCUGUUCUUCAACUACCCCAACGACCCCAACACCUACCCCAUCGACCUCCAAUUCUUCUACGGAGACGGCAUCCUCGUUUCCCCCGUCACAGAAGAAAACAGCACAAGCGUCACCUUCUACCUCCCCGACGACAUCUUCUACGAAUGGGGCACCGGCAAGCCCGUCCGCGGCCAGGGUGAAUACGUCUCCCUCGAUAACAUCGACUACACGGACAUCACCAUCCACUACAAGGGUGGUAUCGUCUAUCCCCAGCGUAUCGAGAGCGCAAACACCACCACCGCUUUACGGCAGAAGGGUUUCAACAUUGUUGUUGCGCCGGGCUUGGAUGGCCGUGCUGAGGGUUCGCUUUAUCUUGAUGAUGGAGUGUCGGUUGUGCAGGAUACUGUGUCUGAGAUUGACUUUGUCUAUGAGAAUGGUAAGCUUACCAUGACUGGCUCGUUUGAGUAUGAGGCUGGGGUUGGUAUUGAGACUAUCACUGUUUUGGGUGUGGAGAGUAAGCCCGAGGGUGAUGAUGUGGAGUAUGAUGCGGAGAAUAAGAAGUUGGUCAAGCAUGUUGACGUGCCUUUGACGGCUUCUAUCAUAUCCUAUACUGUCUACGAAGCUGUCACUACGGGACAAAGCAUGUGUAUCACUUGA